GAUGAGAGGAAAAAGUACAGCUGCCCUCAGUGCAGGCAGAGCUUCACACCGAGGCCUGUCCUGCUGAAAAACACCAUGUUAGCAGUUUUAGUGGAGGAACUGAAGAAGACUGGACUCCAAGCUGCUCCUGCUGAUCACUGCUAUGCUGGACCUGAAGAUGUGGCCUGUGAUGUCUGCACUGGGAGAAAACUGAAAGCUCUCAAGUCCUGUCUGGUCUGUCUGGCCUCUUACUGUGAGAAACACCUCCAGCCUCAUUACGACGCCGCUCCAUUAACAAAACACAAGCUGGUGGAGCCCUGCAAGAAGCUCCAGGAGAACAUCUGCUCUCGUCACGACGAGGUGAUGAAGAUGUUCUGCCGCACUGAUCAGCAGUGUAUCUGUUAUCUCUGCUCUGUGGAUGAACAUAAAGGCCACGACACAGUCUCAGCUGCAGCAGAGAGGACUGAGAGGCAGAAAGAGCUGGAGGUGAGUCGACAAAACAUCCAGCAGAGAAUCCAGGACAGAGAGAAAGACGUGAAGCAGCUUCAGCAGGAGGUGGAGGCCAUCAACCGCUCUGCUGAUAAAGCAGUGGAGGACAGUGAGAAGAUCUUCACAGAGCUGAUCCGUCUCAUGGAGAAAAGAAGCUCUGAUGUGAAGCAGCAGGUCAGAUCUCAGCAGAAAAGUGAAGCGAGACGAGUCAAAGAGCUUCAGGAGAAGCUGGAGCAGGAGAUCACUGAGCUGAAGAGGAGAGAUGCUGAGCUGAAGAAGCUCUCACACACAGAAGAUCACAACCAGUUUCUGCAGAACUACCCCUCACUGUCAGCACUCAGUGAAUCUACAGACUCAUCCAGCAUCAACAUCCGU